GCAGUUAAUUUUGACUGUCAUGGUAUGAACAAGAGUGCAAGUAUGAUGUUUUUACAGACAAGCAAUGCAGGCCAAGAAAGCCCUAGCCUUACGACCUCAUGGGUAACGUGUCCCGAUCUCCGCCUAUUUUGCUCAAGGAAGAGGCGCAGGCGCCAAGCCUAAUCUGAAAAAUGAGAACAACUUCCGCAUCAGCGGUGUCCAGAACACUUCCACUAGUGUCCCAGUUUGGCUGCAGUUACUGAGUUGUGAUAUGAUAGCUUCGGAUCUGGUACCUAAUGACUCAGUAUACACUCUUCCGUGGGACGAAGAUAUUGGAACCCUGAUAAUCCCCCAGGUCGCCCUCUCCGCUGUCAUCAGAAGUGCAGGAAUUAGCAGUUAUAAUCAUGUCAAUCCCGUCAUGCGUAAUACCGUGACUACUAGUGUUACUGAUGUACCAUCCCCGAUGACCGAACAUGGACUCAAUAUGCCGUUAGUAUACUUAAUUUCACUAGCACCUACACCGCGGGUUAUGCCGGCGAUACCUGGUGAUAUUCGCAGUCCCUUGCAUCCUUCCAUCGUUGAUCCUCAAAGAUUACCCGGAAUGACAACAGCGCCUCCACAAACUUGCAGACGCGUCUCACUUGACCUCAGUAGCCAUCAUGAUUCAUGCCUUCGAUCGCAACGAGGUCACACAGCUUUCAUGCCGCAGAUAUUUGAUCACAACGAGAGGCCGCUGGAAUGCUGUGCCACCCAACGAAUCAAAUCCUACUCGUAUACGACGGUGUGUGCAAUGUACAUUGGAUGUGCAUCAAUAUCCUCUUAUGAUAAGCGACGUGGCGCAUGUGACGGUUACAACCUAUGGUGGAUGUUUGGUUACACUUCGACUUCCCGAGAUGCCGCACGGAUUCCCAAUGUCCGAUCGGUGUUUGGUUUCAGUAUUAUCCUUUCUUCAAAUUUAUUUAAUGUAUACCUAGUUAUAUUCUACUGCUAGUAGAGUGACUUUGUGAUAGGUUGAGGCCACAUGAUCAUGUUCUUCACUGUCCUUGGCUGUUGUCUAAUUCUAGUUCAUUUCCUUUUUCUCUUGAUCCAGUUUAAUCCCUUCUGGAGGCUCCUGCCUGCAGAUGAUGGCCCUGAACUCUGGUUGGACUUUAAACUUCUUAUUUCUUUGAUUUCUGACUGCUCCACUGGAUAUGAAGGUGUUUCCUUUCGGUCAGUGUCCUUUUUGGUUUGCUUAAACUCCCCUCCCUAUGAAGUCUGGUAUGGCCCAUCCUACUUCCCAAGAUGCCAC